CUCUGGAAAACAAAACUUUUUUUUUUUUUUUCCUUUUCCUGGAGGGACAGACCUCAGUGAAGUUGGGAUAAGAAUCUUAAGAACAGUCCACCAGAGUGGUAACGGCCACAGCGGCCUCUUUGGACGAAGACUUGCUUGUAGCAUUCUCACUCCUCGGUGUCAGCUUUUAUUUGUGCUUUGGGGCGGGGGAGGAGGGAAGAUCGGCAGACACGGACGGCCGCUGACCCUCCGGAGUUGGUAUGUGAUAAGCAGCCCUAGCAGUGCCAUGUAUUGGAAAAGCGAUCAGAUGUUUGUGUGUAAACUAGAAGAAAAGGACGUGCCGGAGCUGGCAGUUCCCCCUGAGAAGCUCACUUAACCUGAGGCAUGGAGACUGUAAUUUGGGAGACGAAGCCUCGAGCCUAAGGCGUUCUUGGGUACAUUGCCAGGGUCUCAUGUCGGAGGAGUGCGGGCGGAUUGCAGCCCUGGCGGCCGGGAGGACUCGGAAAGGCGCCGGGGAAGAGGGACUGGUGAGCCCCGAGGGAGCGGGGGACGAGGACUCCUGCUCCUCCUCGGCCCCGCUGUCCCCGUCGUCCUCGCCCCGGUCCAUGGCCUCGGGCUCUGUCUGCCCCCCUGGCAAGUGUGUGUGCAACAGCUGCGGCCUGGAGAUCGUGGACAAGUACCUUCUCAAGGUGAAUGACCUGUGCUGGCAUGUUCGGUGUCUCUCCUGCAGUGUCUGCAGGACCUCGUUAGGAAGGCAUACCAGCUGUUAUAUUAAAGACAAAGACAUUUUCUGCAAACUUGAUUAUUUCAGAAGGUAUGGAACUCGCUGCUCUCGUUGUGGGAGGCACAUCCAUUCUACUGACUGGGUCCGGAGGGCCAAGGGGAAUGUCUAUCACUUGGCAUGCUUUGCCUGCUUUUCUUGCAAAAGGCAGCUUUCCACCGGAGAGGAGUUUGCUUUGGUGGAAGAGAAAGUCCUCUGCAGAGUGCAUUAUGACUGUAUGCUGGAUAAUUUAAAAAGAGAAGUGGAAAAUGGCAAUGGGAUUAGUGUUGAAGGCGCCCUCCUCACAGAGCAAGAUGUUAAUCAUCCAAAACCAGCAAAAAGAGCUCGGACCAGCUUUACAGCAGAUCAGCUCCAGGUUAUGCAAGCACAAUUUGCUCAGGACAACAACCCAGAUGCACAGACCCUCCAGAAACUGGCAGAAAGGACAGGCUUGAGCAGACGUGUGAUACAGGUGUGGUUUCAGAAUUGUCGAGCACGCCACAAGAAACACGUCAGUCCUAAUCACUCCUCCUCUGCCCCAGUCACAGCGGUCCCGCCCUCCAGGCUGUCUCCACCCAUGUUGGAAGAAAUGGCUUAUUCUGCCUAUGUGCCCCAGGAUGGGACGAUGCUAACUGCGCUGCAUAGUUACAUGGAUGCUCAUUCACCAACAACUCUUGGACUCCAGCCCUUGUUACCCCAUUCAAUGACACAACUGCCAAUAAGUCAUACCUAAUUCCUUUUUUCAGGGAUAGAAAUGAUUAAGGAUAUAAUCUUGUCAUUUAUUAUGUAUAAUUAACCAUUGAAAAGAUAUUAAUGUUAAUUUUUAUUUAACACUCAAAGCAUUUUCAACAUCACUUUGCUAACCAGGUAUGUAUCUAUAGUUGGCCUGCAAGACACUUUUACUGAUUCUUCAUUUUUUGUAAAAUUUAUGUUUACAAGAAGAAAACAAAUCAAAACUUUUUUUUGUAUUGUCUGGAAAUAGUUCACUCUAGUGUGUAUCUGUUAAUUUAUUUGUCAUCAAAAGAGCACUUUGCCUAAAAGAAAGGACUGACAAGUGUGCAAAAUGUUUACAAUCCUUUGUGAAAUCGUAGUUUAUCAUUAGUUUGUAUCUGUAAGUUAUUGUUAUAAAUAUUACUUGUAUUUUUUUGUUAUAUACAACUUUAUACUUUGAGGCUUGUAUCUGUGAAUUUGCAACUGAAAUUUAUUUGGCCAAUGUUUUCUGAAUGAAAUGAAUAAAGCUUCUGUUGUAGCAUGCCAUGCAAACACAUUAUUGUGUUUGUGGUUGAUGAAUUAUGGCUGUAAAUAACACUAUAGUUUAAUAAGCCCACCAACUCUAA